ACUCUAAAAGCCCACAUACCACAUUGAGGCCCAUUUCAAAACAUCCGCCGCUUUGCAAAGUGCAGUCUGUGGUCUUCCCCUCCCCACCUCCUUAUCCUCAACUCCUUACCCCUCUCCUAAACCCUUCUCCUUCCCUCCCUCCCUCCCUUCCCCUUUUUCUCUCUCUCAAAUCCCUCCUCUUCCUCUUGCCCUAAGAAGAAUGUCUCUUUCUACCAUAACCAAGCCUGUCUCCAAGUCCUCACCCAUGGUCAAUGGUGUUCUCAUCUCUGCCCCAAGCAUCUUCGCCGCAAAAUAUUCACACCCGUAUCUAUCAGUCCCAUCAAGACCAAUUCGAGUACACCUGUCGUGCUCUCAAUCUUCUUUGCUUCUCCCCUUUCUCUCUCUGAAAAAGAAGACCCAUUCUUCAACUGUAGUUACUUCCGUAGCCCAGACCUCAGACUGGGCUCAGCAAGAGGGAGAGAACACUGUCCUUGAAGAAGACCCACAAGAAUUAGGAGGGGUAUCGGAUAUAGAAGAAGCAAAAGAUUUCUCUUGGGAAAAUGAAGAGGCCGAUGAGACCCAAGCGAGCAUAUCUGAUUGGGAAACCGAAGAAGGGAAAGAGGCGACGGAGCCGAGCGUCGAUGGUGAAGAGAGUACCGGCGAAGAUGGAUUUGCGGAGGAGCCGUACUCGGAGCCGUCUGAAGAUGCGAAGCUUUUUGUUGGGAAUCUGCCGUACGACGUUGAUAGUCAGAGAUUGGCUGAAAUCUUCAACCAGGCCGGGAUUGUCGAGGUUGCUGAGGUUAUUUAUAACAGGGAGACUGAUCAGAGUCGUGGUUUCGGGUUUGUGACAAUGAGCACUGUUGAAGAAGCUGAGAAGGCUGUGGAUAUGUACCAUCGUUAUGAUUUGGGUGGAAGGCUCUUGACUGUAAAUAAGGCUGCUCCUAGAGGAUCACGGCCAGAACGUCCCCCUCGCAUAUUUGAAAAUGCUUUCAGAGCCCAUGUUGGUAACCUACCAUGGGACGUAGACAGUGGUCGCUUGGAGCAGGUUUUCAGUGAACAUGGUAAGGUUGUGGACGCUCGAGUAGUAUAUGACAGGGAGUCUGGCCGUUCACGUGGUUUUGGCUUUGUAACGAUGUCCACCGAGACUGAAUUGAAUGAUGCCAUUGCUGCUCUUGAUGGGCAGACUUUGGAAGGGAGGUUAAUCAGAGUAAGUAAAGCUGAGGAAAGACCAAGGCGCUCGUUUUGACUCAAUCGAUGAGAUGAACUGAAGGUGGUCUGGCUCUCUCUCUCUCUCUCUCUCUCUCUCUCUCUCUCUCUCAUUUUUUGUUUUUUGCUUUUUCCCCUGUGGUGGGAUAGAGUGGUCCAAUUUUUGCCAGCUAGUUUGCAGUGAUGUUUUUGAUUAAAGUAAAACAGGUUAUACACAUUGUGUUCCUAUUAACUUGAUAUUGUGUUGGUAAUGUUAUGUAGCUUUUUAACA